UCUGGAUCUGUUUUACUAUUUGAACUUGAGAAUAUUUAUUGAUUUUUGUAAGGAAGAGUGUCGACUGUUUCUUGUUAGGUGUGAAGUUGAGCUUUCUAAGCUUUAUUAAAAAAAAACAGUAUGACAAUUGAUGCCUUCAAUUACAACACAAAAUGCAGAACAAAUUCUGCAAGUAAGAAGAUGGAGGAAGAAGAGAAGGAAGAUCUGAGAACUGUGGAGUGUCUAAGAGGAAGACUACUUGCAGAGAGGCAGCUUUCAAGGUCAGUAAAAGAUGAAGCAGAGCUCAUUACCAGAAAGAUGGAAGAGCUGGAGAGAUAUCUAAAAGAAGAGAUCAGAUUAAGGGAAAAAGCAGAGAGGAGACUAAAGUUUCUGAUGAAAAAGCUUGAAUUCAUAAAAGGAUCUUCCAAUUCCGAGGGAUCAGAACAGUUAAGUUCAUCUGAAGUUUCUUGUUUGUCAUCGGUUUCCACUUCAGCAUCUAAGCAAGAAGAAGCAACUCAAGAAAAUGGAUUUGUGGGUGAAGAACAAGUUGAUCAAGAAAUUGAAAAUGCUGCCUCCAUGGAAGAAGAAGAGUCAAAUUCAAAGCUCAAAGAUGCUUCUUCAACCUCAAGUCAUGAAGCAGAAUCACAGGCUAGUAAUGACUUUUCUUAAGAGUUCAAGAAUCAAGAAUAUCCAUUACUCAUCUCCUAAAUAACUUUGAUUGAGAACUGUUUCUCUGAUGUUGGAUCCUGAAGCUACAACUACUAAUACCAUUAGUAUAAUACUUUUGUGGAAGUUCUUGAUCAUGGGUACAGAGGAGAAUGGAGAUAGAGAAGAAGAAGAAGGAGAAGGGCAUGUGCUCAUUCAUAAAGGGAUCAGUUUGGCUUUUAGGACACCUUUGAGUUUGACAGUAUUAAAUUCAAAAGUGUUAGUAGAGAUGGGGAGGACGACAAGACACAGACUUGUCUCUUUCUUCUUGUGAUUUUUGUUAUCAAAGAAUGAAAGUGACAUUUCUUGAAAAUUAUGAUGUGACUGAAUAAAGGAUACUAAUUAAGAUCAUUUCUCUAUGGUAAAGAAAAUGAGUUACAAAAGUCUAGACUGACACUAUCUUGAAUCUUCCUGUGGAUUUUUUUAUUUAUAGAUCUUUUGUACUUUACUAGACGUACAUCUGUUCAAACAAG